UGAAAUUUACAGAGUUCAACGACCGACCACUGCUGCUUCCCUCCUCUUUUUCCUCUUUCCUCAUUCAUUAGAUCCAUCUUUUCUGUAUUCCAUUUCCGAUCUGGCAAUAACUCUUUCAAGUUUCCCCUACAUUUCAAAUUUUAUUCAUCGCCAUACAUCUGAAUUAAUUAGGUCUUAUUUUUCUGUUUUCUAGGGUUUGUUUGAAAUAAAAAUAAAAAUCUAUUUGAAAUCAGAUGGCCGCUCCGCCCGCCAGAGCACGAGCCGAUUAUGACUGCCUCAUCAAGCUUCUCUUGAUCGGUGAUAGCGGUGUGGGUAAGAGUUGCCUUCUAUUGCGUUUUUCAGAUGGUUCUUUCACCACCAGUUUCAUCACUACGAUUGGGAUUGAUUUUAAGAUAAGAACUAUUGAGCUUGAUGGUAAAAGAAUCAAACUGCAAAUAUGGGAUACUGCUGGACAAGAGCGAUUUCGUACUAUAACAACUGCUUACUAUCGUGGAGCAAUGGGUAUUUUGCUGGUGUAUGAUGUUACUGAUGAGGCAUCUUUCAACAAUAUUAGGAAUUGGAUCAGAAACAUCGAGCAACACGCCUCUGACAACGUCAACAAGAUAUUGGUGGGAAACAAAGCUGAUAUGGAUGAAAGCAAAAGGGCUGUUCCUACCUCCAAGGGUCAAGCACUAGCUGAUGAAUAUGGAAUCAAAUUUUUUGAGACUAGUGCUAAGACAAACAUGAACGUAGAGGAGGUUUUCUUCUCAAUCGCCAGGGACAUAAAGCAAAGACUCGCGGACUCUGACUCAAAGACUGAGCCUCAGACUAUAAAGAUAAACCAACCAGACCAGAAUGGUGGGGCUGCUAAAAAAUCAGCUUGCUGUGGUUAAGAUAGUGUGGGCAGUGAUCCCCUUAGUCGAUUAAUUUGUUAUGACAAUAUUGGUAUUGCUUGUAUUUGCUAUCCCUCAAUUUUUUUAGAUGCUAAUAUUAUUUUUUUCUUCUCAUUUUGGUAUCAA